AUGGAACAGCCGAUUGAGUAUGAAUGGCUUCCAACUAAAUGCUCUAAUUGUAAGAAGCUGGGGCACUCUUCAAGCUCUUGUAAGUUUGAAGCUGGAACUGUCUGGAGGAAGAAAGAAUCCCAGAGCUUACCAGAAUCUGAUCAACAGAAGGUUGAGGAAGAUGUUAAUUCAAAGCAUAGAAGUUAUGUAAUGAAUCAAAAGACUCCUCAAGCAGUUGCUCAAGAUGGUGCUGGGUCGAGUGAUAAUGGUUGGGCUAAUUUGAAAAGGACUAGGAAUGUGAAAUUUGUGGUUCAGAUUGCUUGUGAUCAAAUUAGAAACUCUUAUAGUGCUUUGCAAGAGACUCAGAAGACUCUACCUGAACAAGUAGGUAUUGGGGCUUUAAUUGAAACUAAAGCCAAGGGGGACAAAAUUAAGGAUGUUAUGAGAUCUUCAUUUACUGAUUGGAUGUAUUAUAGUAGUGAGUGCCUAGAUGGCAGAAUUUUAUUGAUUUGGAAAUCUCACCUGGCUCAAGUUGGUAUUAUUCAGGAGACUUCGCAAAUGUUGCAUUGUCGAGUUCGAAUUUAUAGUAGGAAUCAAGACUUUUGUCUCACUGUCAUUUAUGGUUCCAAUAGUUUAGAAUCUAGGAGAGUUUUUUGGACUGAUCUGGUUCAUGUGCAAUUACCUAUACAACCGUGGUUAGUCUUGGGGGAUUUUAAUGCAGUGUUUGAUAUCAAUGAUCGAAUGGGUGGGAGGCCUAUAUCCGGGAAGGAAAUGGAGGAUGCUCAAAACUGGUUGGCUCUCGGGUUGGUUGAAGAAAUGAAGGUUAUGGUGCCUUACUUUUCUUGGUCUAAUAACCAAGAUGGAGGGAAUCGCAUUUAUUCUAAAUUGGACAGGAUAUUAUGUAAUGAGGCUUGGGUGGAUUUGUUUCCGUUAGCUUCAGAUUUUUCACAUUGGGAGGUGGUAUCUGAUCAUAGUACACUGCUUAUCAAGCAAGUUGAAGUCCAAAAUCUAGGGAUUCAGCCAUUUCACUAUUUUAACAUGUGGUCUUCUCAUCCUCAAUUCAGAGAAAUUGUGUUAGGUAACUGGACCAAGCCUAUCUGUUCUGGGGGUGGUUGUUUCGCGAAGCUGGCUGAGAAACUAAUUAGGCUCAAACAUGUGCUAAAGAGAUUCAACUGGAGGAUUAUGGGGGAUGUUGGGUGUCAUUUUGAAAAAAAAGUAAAAUUCUAUUCCAGCAGGGCCAUAAUGCUUUGUUUGUUGAUCCUAGAAAUACCGCUUUGGUCUCGGCAGAAAGAGAAGCUUAUUUGGAUUAUAGAAGGCAAGAGAAAUUUUUUUGAGAGUUUUCUUCGUCAAAAUAGUAAAAUCACUUGGCUUCACCUUGGGGAUGAUAAUACAGCUUAUUUUCAUGCUAGUUUGAAGAAAAGGAAGAUGACCAAUCACAUAGUUUCUUAUAUUUCAGAUGAUGGUUCUGUUGUUGAUGGUUAUGAGAAGGUAACUCACCAUUUCCUUCAUCAUUUUCAGAGCUUCCUGGGCUGUGCGGGUAGAGCUAAUGGUCAUAUUGAUAUGCAAAGUAUCACUUGUGGUCCGAUUUUAGAUCUUGAUUCCCAACUGGAUCUAAUUAAACCUUUCACCUUUCAUGAUGUUAAAGUGGCCCUCUUUAGCAUUCAUCCAGUCAAAAGUCCUGGUCCUGAUGGGUAUGGGGCUGGUUUUUUCAAAGAUAUGUGA